AUGGAUGAUUAUUCAACAAAAAUAAAAAUUUCUGCAGAAAAUUUGAUUCGUGUUAUAUUUCCAGAAAAAGCUCUUGAGCUUGACACACUUGUUUCAAGUCCAGUAUUAUCAUUCAAUGAAGUGCCAAAAGUUCGUGCAGAAAUUCGAUUACCAACAGUUGACGAUCUUAUUUUUUAUAGUAAUAACAUAGCACCCGGUGAUGAUCAUCAUAAUAAUGUAUCGUCGGUAGUUAAUACUAGUACAACGAAAAAACGUCGAACAGAUUCAGCAGAUAAUACUAAUUCGACCCAAUCCACGUCAACGAAUUGUGGUGCCGAUGCAGGAACACCAAUAUAUGUAUUCAAUGGUAGUGUUCCAUCAAAUGCAUUGAUAACAACUCUGGAAGAAAAACUUAAACCAUAUAUAUUUCAUUUUCUUGAUAGUAUAGCUAUUAUUAAAUUAUGGAUUCAAUUAAUGAUACCAAAAGUUGAAGAUGGCAAUAAUUUUGGUGUUAGCAUACAAGAAGAUUCUUUAGCAGAAAUUCGUACAUUAGAGACUGAUGUAACACAAUAUCUAGAUUUAACAUAUAAAUAUUUAGUGUCUCGUGGUGAACUUAUUAAAAAAGUAGCUAAAUAUCCUCAUGUCGAUGAUUAUCGUCGUAGUGUUCAAUCGUUAGAUGAAAAACAAUUUGUUUCGAUGCGUUUUAUUGCACUUGAACUUCGUAAUCACUAUACCAGUGUUCAUGAUCUUCUGAUGAAAAAUUUGGAAAAAAUCAAAAGACCACGAUCAACUCAAACACAUUCGAUGUAUUAA